CUAACGGAAAGGGCGGGACAUCGCUCCUGAGGAGCGGCCUUGUUCCUCAAGCGGCCGCUGGGGGCGCCAGAGCAGGACCGGAGCGCGGGCCAAGCCGGAGGUUCAAGUGAUUCUCUUGCCUCAGCCUCCUGAGUAGCUGGGAUUACAGCUUCUGUGUAUUCCCUAAAUGGCUGAUGCUGAUGCUGAGGAAAGAAACUACGACAACAUGCUGAAAAUGCUGUCAGAUCUGAAUAAGGACUUAGAAAAACUAUUGGAAGAGAUGGAGAAAAUCUCAGUGCAGGCAACCUGGAUGGCCUAUGACAUGGUUGUGAUGCGCACCAACCCUAUGCUGGCCGAGUCCAUGCGCCGACUGGAGGACGCCUUCCUCAACUGCAAGCAGGAGAUGGAGAAGAACUGGCAAGAGCUGCUCCAUGAGACCAAGCAAGGGCCAUAGGCCCCACUGGCCCACCACAGUUGCCAUGCCACCAUCUGCCUGUGUGACAAAGUCACUGGGGGACGGAGCUGGUGCCCACAGCUGUAUGCACUGUACUUGUUUCUUAAUAAACUUAUUUUUAAGCACAA